AUGAUGCUGUCCUGUCCGCGCGCCGUCGCCGUCGCACUGGCCCUGGCCGCACACGCCGCCGCCGCCGCUUACACGGCGCAGCUGCUCUACCAGUUUCCCAGCCACGCGCAAUGGGUCGAGAACAUGGCCGUGCGUCCCAACGGCCACCUGCUGCUGACGACCUUUGACCGAGCGCGCGUCUACGAGCUCGCGCCCAGCCAACAACAACAAACCCCGCGCCUAGUCGCCGCCCUGCCCGCCGCCGACGCCGCGCUCGGCAUCGCCGAGAUCCGCCCCGACGUCUUCGCCGUCGCCACCGGCCGCCUCAACCGCACGAGCUUCCACCUCGACGGCUCCGCGCGCAUCGACACGCUCGACUUUACCUGCCGCGGCUGCGCCACCCAGCCGGCCAUUGCCACCGCCGCCGCCCUGCUGCCGCACGCCAAGCUGCCCAACGGCCUGGCGGCGCUGCACCGCAGCUCCGUGGUGCUCUGCGCCGACUCGGCAACGGGCACCAUCUACCGCGCCGACACGGCCACGGGCGCCGUGCACGUGGCGCUGCACGACCCGGCGCUGGCGCCCGCGCCCACCGCCGCCGACGACGACGACCCGUUCCUGGCGCUGCUGGGCGUCAACGGGCUGCAGGUGCCGGGGGACGGGUUCGUGUACGUGACGAGCACGUCGGCGCGGCUGCUCGGGCGGUACGCGCUGGACAACGCGGCAGCGGCAGCGGCGCUCGAGGUGCUCGCUAGGUACGCGGCGCCGCGCAGCCCAGACGACUUUGCCGUCGCGCGCAACGGCACCGUGUUUGGCGCGGUGCCGCUCGAUAGCGUGUCCGUGGUGGCGGUGCUGCCGGGCAAAAAAGGGCUGCGCGACGUGCGCUUCCUCGUCGACCACGAUGAGCGCAUGCAGAGACCGACGUCGGUCGUGCUGAGCCGUGACGAGACGACGCUGUAUGUGUCGACGGGGGGCAGGAAUGUACCGGGCGGGAAGGGGGGCCAGGUCUUUGCUGUCCGGUUGACGUAG